GGAGGCCGACGCCGGGGAGAAUGGCUGGAGUUAUCCUGGUCCGCCGAGUGUCCGCUCGGCGCAUGUGCACUGGCCUUGGGCCAAGAAGAGAGCGGCGGCUUCUCCCGUUUAUGCUCAGCGCCUUGUGGAUGACGUUGCGCGUCACAGUCCUAGCCCUUGUCCUAAAUCCAAACCACUCGGAGUUGUGAAGCAAGGUUCCGAAAUCAUCGGGAGUACCAGAGGGUAUCAAAGGAUUGACGCAAGCCGUCAGCCAGACAUCCGUAAGAUAAGGAGCCCUCACGUGCGCGCAGCUCCGCCCCAUUUUAGUGCAGCUACGCGAUCCGACCCUUCCCGCGGUCCGUAGCGCGGCCGCGCAAGCGCAGAAAGCUAAUCAGCCCAGUCGCUAUGGAACCUGACGGGACGUACGAGCCUGGCUUCGUGGGUAUUCGGUUCUGCCAGGAAUGUAAUAACAUGCUGUACCCCAAGGAGGACAAGGAGAAUCGCAUUCUGCUGUACGCGUGCCGGAAUUGCGAUUACCAGCAGGAAGCCGACAACAGCUGCAUCUACGUCAACAAAAUCACGCACGAAGUGGACGAGCUGACCCAGAUCAUCGCAGACGUGUCCCAGGACCCUACGUUGCCCCGGACCGAGGACCACCCGUGCCAGAAGUGUGGCCACAAGGAGGCAGUGUUCUUCCAGUCACACAGUGCCCGAGCUGAGGACGCCAUGCGCCUGUACUAUGUAUGCACCGCCCCACACUGCGGCCACCGCUGGACUGAGUGACCGUUCCUUCCUCCAUUUGUAAUAAAUGCCCAGUUUCCA